UCUUCAGUACAUGGCCCACUUUGAGCGCCGGGACCUGAAGGCCUUCUCCGUCGAGCCUCUGCUCAUCUACCCAACCCACUACACUGGAGAGCCGGGCUACAUCAGCGACACGGAGACCUCCACCAUCUGGGACGACGACGCCGUGGCCACAGACUGGGACCGGCAGCACGCCCGCAAGACGGCCCAGCAGGGGCGCAUCCAGCCCGUGGCYCAGAACAGCGUGACCGGAGACUCGCCUCCUCCUGCGGCUCGAGUGUCGCGAGAUGAACUCUGACCCGGAGACACGCAGGACACUCGGCAUCGACGUUGGCCAACGCUGCUUUAAGAACGGGGCUGUAAGAAAKCUAACGAGGAGCUGAAACUUUAUUUAUUCUCCACGUGUCUCCUAUGAGGACUUCACGGCCUGAGGACAGCUWACAUCAUUUACAAAAUGUGAAGAAAAGAAAAAGAUUCUCACAAYGAUGGACGUUCAUGUCACUUAAAGGAUUCUAAUGGUUUAAAGCAAACAGAUGUGUUUUCUAACAAACAGCUGUAGAAUUAAAAACAGUUUGUCGUGAAGCUGUGUAGUGCAGUGCACGAGGACAUAUUCAUGUGCUUACCAAGUGAGCGKGUGUGGGAGGAGACAGGGCUGACGUCAUUUUGUACCCAGGGGUGUCACUUCUUCAGAUGAGGUCAUGCAAAUARAAAACAAGUACACACACACAUACACACACUCACAAGCUCAAAACUCAAGACAUUUUGUUCCAAGCAGCAUGACAGAAACAGAUGCUUUGACAAUCCAAAGAUUCUGUUUUUUUGCAGAAAGAGGACAAAUUUUACAAACCAUCGAAAAAAAAAAUGUCUUUAGAAAACAAGUGGGCUGGUUCUGCUGAUUAGCAUUUCAGAGCAUAAAACAAAUAAGAUGCAGUUUAACGUAAAAAAAAAACUUUUUGGAUUCUUGAAGAUGUCUCAAUUUUAGCAAGUGCCUUUUUUGUUCAGUUCUGCUGCAGGUUGAAGCAAUAAAACUGCUUCUCAGUUUAUGUGUUUUCACUCAUUGCAGAUUAAACUGACAGAUGUUAGCCACCCUCAUAAAAAAUAGAUAAUUUGUUGUUUUGACAUGUUGGUGGAGCUCAUAGGACAAAACAUAAACAGAAAUCACAUCAGCUUUUUAUCUCUGUGAGACAAAAAUAUGCAUCAGUUUGUGUUUAUUAUUGUUGAACAAAUUAAGCUAACUGUUCCCGUGACCCGAUGAAGGAAUAUUAACUUCAUUAUAACAGACAAGUAAAACAGAAUCGUGCAAAGUUCUAGCUCCACUUCAGCUCAGUUUUACGCUUCCUGUUUGCUGAGGGAAAUAGGAAGUCAGGGAUUAGGAUCUGAGGAAGAAGAGUGAGUGAACYCUCCACAAAAUCCAGAAUGUGAACAGCAACAAAAAUAAAAAAUAAAAUAAAACAAAGAGUUGGUUUCUCAAAGGUGGUGGAUUUUACUGCACAUUUCUUGCACGGGUCAAUUGUAAAACAAAAACAAAAAAACUUCACUGUGGUUUCGUGACUUAUCAGAUCUUGUUUGACGCAAAACUUUUCGUUUGAAAAUCUCGAGUGAAACUGAACAGACUUUAUUCAAAAUAAAGUGUGAUGUUUUAGUGUUUUUUUUCCCCUGCCGGUGCUGUACUGAGAAGAGAAAUUUGCUGCCAUCCCUUGGUCAURUUGUGAAUUCUUACAAACUGCUGAUCAUUUGGAAAGUAUUUUUUAAAUAAAGUUCUUUACGCAGCUAA